UUUAUGGAAUAUGAAGAAGAUAAUUUAAGUAAACUGAACGAAAAAUACUAUACAAAAAUCAUCGAUAAAGAUUUCAUUGGUAAUGAUAUAUGCCUGUUAAAGUUUUCAAAUAAAAUAAUUGUUAUCACAUUAGCACCAUCUCAUCCUCUAAUAAUAAGUGAUUCCAAAAUUAAAAAUAUAGAUUUUCAAAUUUCAAAGAAAGUUAAUAGGCUUAAAAACAAGGUUUCUGGAAAAGGCAAAAAAGGUGCACAAGUGAUAAAAUUAAAUUCAUUACUAUGCACAAUUGAAACAGAAGAAAAUAUUUAUAAGAUAUACCCUGCAUGUGAAGGUAAAUUGAUUGAAAUUAAUGAAAACCUUAUUACUAACCCUGAUUUAUUAUUGCAAAAACCUGACAAAGAAGGGUAUAUUGCAAUUAUAUUGCCAAAACUGGAAUAAAUUAAUGAAAUUUGAAAAUCAUGAAACAAAAUUAUUAAAAAAAUAAGCUUUUAACAAAAUAUUUUUAAUGUAUAGUGUUUUUAUAUGUUUACAAAUGUAUGUGAAAUAUCUCCAUUUAUUAAUUACAUGUUACCACUAAAUGAUCUUUUCAUUA